AUGGCCUCCCCUAGUGUUCUCACCUUUGACGCUGAGGGUCGGGCAGUUGACUUUGAGGUCUGGGUAGAUGAUCUGCAGCUUUUCCUACAGUGCAAUAGGGCAGAUGGUCUCUCCCUGUUUGACCUCACUUCUGGUGCCUCUCCUGCCCCUGCUGCUGAUGCUGACGCCACAGUUUGCUCACAAUGGGCCACACGUGAUGCUGCUGCUCGCCUUGCUGUGCGCUGCCACUUACCGACCACUGAGCGUGCACACUUUAGCCAGUACAAGAGUGCUCAGACCUUGGACCACUUCCUCUCAGUUUGCCCCACCACUCUCACCGUUGACCUCCUCGAGAAGGCCCUCCUAGCGGCAGGGAAGAGCAUAGUGGCUGUAGGAGCCUCUCGUGUCAGCGCUGCGUCUGCCGCGAGCGGGAAACGCCGCAACGGCAAGGGCAAGGGGGGCAAGGGCGCUGGAGGGGCUGGAGGGGGCGGUGGAGGUGGUGGUGGAGGCAGUGGAGGGAGUGGGGGUGGUAGUGGGAGUGGUGCCGGGGGUGGCGGCGGCGGCUGCAGCAGCAGAGGCCACGGAGGAGGUGGUGGUGGCAGAGGGAGCGGAGGCGGCGGAGGUGGAGUAGGAGGCGGAGGUGGAGGAGGCGGCGGUGGCGGCGGCGGUGGUGGAGCGGGUCGCGACUCUGCGCAGAGGAGUGGCUCAGGUGGUGGUCCGCGCCAGCAGCAGUGGAGUGGUGUGACCCUGUCCCCUCAGCAGCUUCGUGAGUGGUACACUGAGCGUCAGCGCGGUGGAGGUUUUGGUCCCUGCACUUACGUCCUCCGUACCGGCGACCGAGCUGGUGCUGGUAAGUCUGCGCUCUCAGGUACUACGUCGGCUCAGGCCUUACACACCUUCACCCUUGACUCGGGUGCGUUCUGCUCCUUCUUUCGAGACCGCAUCACUCUUACGCCGCUCAGUCGGCCGGUUGCAGUCUCCCUGGCAGACCCCUUUGGGGGUCCUGUCCUUGCUAGCUUCUCCACUGUCUUACCAUGCCCGGCAGCCCCCUCUGGCACCCUGUGA